AUGUCUGAUCGCAAAAAGGAAUUACCCCAGGGAGGUACCGGUCGUUCAGCGACCGGAGAAUCCUCCUCCACCGCACCGGAUUUGCCGGGGGUGGGCUGUCCCACGUCUUCGGGGGGGGACACGACCAGCAUUCAAGAGCAGUAUAGGGAGAUGAUGACGAGACGUGUUGAGGCCUACGAAGAACUAGAGGCGCUCAAGGCGAUAGAGAUGGAGGCACAACUGGACUCCGAGCGGACUGGAUCCUCGCUGUCUAUAAGGUCCGAAGACAGCCUUGGGCUGGCGAGAGGGAGUACCUCGCCGCCCAAGAAACACAGGAAAAGGCGAAUUGUGGAGAAGCGUCGGGAGCUAGACUCCGACGAUGACGACGAGGUCGACCUGGUCGAGGUUUCCUCGGCUGGGUCUAGAACUGGUCGAGUCAGAGGAGGAAUGCGAACGGCCACACCCGGAUCGCGUAUGGAGACAGAGGUUUCAGCAUCCGAAGCCGAAGCCGAGUCCUCCGGGUCUGGGGCUCUUGCAGCCAUAAGAGCGACCGAGGAUGACCACAUGCUGGGUUCCGACGAGCUUGGGACCAAAGUUGGGAAUAGUGCCCGUCAGGUACUCGAAGCAGUGAAGAAAUCGAGGAACCUGAAGGGCACUAUUGUCAGGGAGAUAAAGAGCGCAGUCUAUGCGAUCUGUUCGGCGGCGGACGUUCUAAAGGCAAGAUCGGGCCCCAACUCCGAAGAGGACUCCCUCAGGAGAGAGGUCCAAAAACUGCGCGCAGAGCUCCACACCGUACAGGAGAUGAAGAGGGCCAUGUUAAAAGAGGCCGUGGAGGAGCGGAAGAAAUUCCGGGAGCUACGCAUGGCGUCGCAAUCUUCUGCCGCGCUGGCUGAUGAGCUGGCAGCCCUAAAGGCAGAGAGAGAGGGGUGGGAACGGCAAACGCGGGAGAGCGUUCAGAAGCUGGAGGAGUUGAAGCAACUGAACGCUCUAGACCGACGCGCCCUUCAGAAGGCCUUGCAGGAGGUGGAGAGGCUGAAGACUGCGGCUGAGCUCCCUGCAGUCGUAGUUGGCGGAACGGCGGCGGCUGCGCCGGGAGGUACCCCGCCCCGGGUCCUAAGAGAGGAUGCCGAAGACCGGAUUAUCCGGCGAGUAGGCGAAAUGAUGGAGAGCCGCUUCGCCGAGAUGGAAGAGCGGAUCUCGGCGAAGGGGAGACGGCCUCCAAAGGUCAAAAGUGUGCCUACUGCCGGAUCAUCCGGUCCAGGGACUAACAGGGCCCCGCAACGGGAGCCCAGUGGCGGACGCGCCCCACAGCCGUCAACCUCGGCAACAAAUGCGGAGGGCUGGUCGACGGUUGUGCGACGCGGGAAGCGGAAAGGCGCUGGCGCAAGCCAGGCAGCUCCCGCCAAAACGCAGCCUGCGAAGGGGCCACGCGGCGGCCAAACCGCAGAGGAACCGCAGAGGUCCAAGAAGAGGAGGAAGGUGAAAGCACGCCCCCCUCGGUCAUCGGCAGUGGUCCUGACCAUGACGCCGGGAGCCGAGGCGAGGGGCGUCACCUACAGGUCGGUGCUCACCGAGGCGAAGGCCAAAAUAUCUUUGGUCCCGCUCGGUAUCACCGACCUGAGGUUCAGAGUCGGAAGGACCGGGGCCCGUAUCUUAGAGAUUCCCGGCACCAACACAGGCGAGGCAGCGGACGCAUUGGCUGCCAAAAUUGAGGAGGUCCUGCACGAGGACGUCCGGGUCACGAGACCAGUCAAGUCGGCUGAGCUCCGGAUCGUUGACCUGGACGACUCGGUGUCGGUAGCCGAUGUAGUGGUCGCAGUCAUACGCGAAGGGGAGUGCCGGGAAUCCGCGGUGAAAACCGGGGAGAUCCGACGCAACGCGCAGGGUACGGGCUCCAUCUGGGUGCGGUGUCCGGUGGUCGCCGCGAAGAAGUUGGUCGAGGCCGGCCGACUGAGGAUAGGGUGGAUGGUGGCGCGGGUGCAGUCCUUGGACCCGAGGCCGCAGCGGUGCUAUCGCUGCUUGCUCACAGGGCAUCUGGGUGAUGUAUUUGUCUGCGGUGAUUUUGCCGACGACCCUGUACGCAUCGGCCGCGCUCGGGAAGAAGAGUUUCGUUACGGAAGCAGUCUCGCCAGACUGGGGUGGGAGGCUUUAGGAUUUGCAACUGUUUGCAAUGCGGCUCUGGAGUCGCUGAGGAUGCCGAUCGUGGUGGCAGGAUGUUCCGAUGCUAUCCCAACCGCCCUGCUCAGAGCCAGGAGUUCCGCCUGGUAG